ACACACGGCAAAGGCGUUUUACAGUAGGCAGAUGGGUUGUUCAUAAAUUCAAGCUAGGAGAGCUAACGCAAUCAACCGGCUAGAUUAUUAAUAUUUUGCAAAAUGGGAAUAGCCGAUGAGGCUGACCGGACUUUGUUUGUGGGGAAUUUGGACCCUCAAGUUACAGAAGAAGUUAUAUUUGAGCUGUUUUUACAGGCUGGGCCGUUGAUCAAAGUCAAAAUCCCUAAAGACAAUGAUGGCAAAUCGAAGCAGUUUGCAUUUGUAAACUUCAAACAUGAAGUGUCUGUGCCCUACGCCUUGAACUUGCUGAAUGGCAUCCGUCUGUACGGACGGCAGCUCAACAUAAAGUUCAGAGCCGGCAGCAGUCAUAUUAAUCAGGAAGGCAAAAGUCCAGCAAACUCUCAAAACCCCAGUCCAGCAAACACACCUGGUCACCGCGGCGGAAGAACCCCAGAGCAGAUGGGCUCUCCGUCCUACUCCCCUCCGCAGCAUAUACAGAGAUCUUUGUCUUCACCUGACAGUCUGCAGAGACAGGCGAUGAUGAAUAACAUGUGGCAGGUUCAGAUGCAGCAGUGUCUCCAGCUCAAUGGAGGUCUCCAGCAGGGCAUGCAGCAGCUGCGCAGUCCAGCAGACAGUAAUCACUGGCAGCAGGAUCGGUCCGGCCAGCGCGGUCAUCGCCACCCUCACCAGGACAAUAACAACCAUCAUGGCAGAGAGCAACGGCACGGCGGGAAUAACUAUGACCGGCAUCGGCGAGGUGACUUCUAUCACCAUGAUGACCGCAGCGGAGGACACAACAGGAAUUACCCUCCUGAACGACAGAGAGACUCCAGAGAGGGACGAUGGAAACGCUUUUAAAAACCAGCUUAAGUAGCAUUUUAGUUCUUUU